GACGUUUCCUUUUUCGGUCUUGUUCUAAAGCCUCCCAAAUAGCAAUUAUUUCGAUAGGCUUCAUUUUAAAAUUCAAUAUCACACAACACAACCACUCUGUAGAUGCUUAACGUAGAAACUGACUAGACGCUCGACGCAUUUUCCGUUUGAUAUGAACCGACCCAUUCGACCGAAUAGACGCGACCGAUGAUACGCUCGACGCAUCAUCCGUCAGAUAUGAACCGACCCUUACUGAAAAAGUGAUGAUACAGAACGUGUACAAACACGUAUUUGAGGAGAAAGCUGCUACAUUAUUACCUUUCAAGACUCCUGAAAAACAGGAAUGUGUUUCAAAAACAGCAGAUAUUUUGGGAAUUGGUGUGACCUCGGUGUACAGCGUAUUAAAAGAAUACAAAGAAAAUGAACAAUUUAAGUCUCCAGAAAAACGUGGUCCGAAACAUAAUUUCAAAGACAAAUUAGACGACUUCACUUUUACAGCUAUAAGGCGAAAAGUGCAUCAGUUUUUUUAUGCUAAUGAGCCACCCACCAUUGCAAAGGUUCUGAAGGUUGUCAAUGAAGACACCGACUUGCCCAAUUUUUCUUGGAGUACGUUAAGAAAAAUAAUGAAACAUUUAAAUUUUAAAUAUGCCACCAAAUCAAGGCAAAGUAUUUUAAUUGACCGACAAGACAUUAUUUUAUGGCGCCAACGAUACCUUCGACAAAUUAAAGAGUAUCGAAGAGAAGGAAGGUAUAUUUAUUACCAAGAUGAGACCUGGAUCAACGAAGGUCAUGCACCAAAGAAGGCAUGGAUUGACCAGACAGUGCUAUCGUCCCGCCAGGCCUUCUUAGAUGGCUUGACCACUGGAUUGAAACAGCCUUCAGGAAAGGGCAAACGUUUAAUCAUAGGCCAUAUAGGCGGAGAAGAAGGAUUCGUAGAAGACAGCCUAUUGAUUUUUGAAUCUGUAAAAAACACAGACGAUUACCACCAGGAAAUGAAUGCUGAUGCCUUUGAGAAGUGGUUUAGUGAAGUCUUGCCAAAAUUAAAACCAAAUUCAGUAGUGGUUAUACAGUGUGUUUGGUCAUGUACUAGCGAUAUUCUAAGGAUUGAUAGAACAACUAUUCUAAUACACAAAUACACUACAUAUUUAAGUCCAAACUACUUAUCAGCUAUGUGGCGGCCAUUUUGUUUUUUUUCUUGAAAUAUUCUCUACGUGGACACAAAAAAAAUCAUAUCUCCCAAAGUGUAGGCUUUACUGGUAUUAAAAAUAGGCUUAUUCGAAGCGCA